CCGAUCCCAGAGAACCCAUCUCCGCCGCCGAUCUACGCCUCCGGAGGUGGGUUAUCGGCCGAUCCAGCGGAAUUCUCGUCGUUGUCGCCAGAAUCAAACGGAAAGGUGUUCGACGAUGGCUAUGUGGCCUCGAACGGGCCGAUGCUGUCGCCUCCGGCUGAGAUGGGGCCCGAGGAGGGCGCUGCUCUUAGAGAAUGGAGGAGGCAGAAUGCCAUAAGACUUGAGGAGAAAGAGAAGAAAGAAAAAGAAAUGUUAACCCAAAUUAUUGCUGAAGCAGAGGAGUAUAAGGUCGACUUUUACAGGAGAAGAAAGCUCAGCUGUGAAACCAACAAAACCACUAAUAGGGAAAAGGAGAAGGAAAGAAAAAUCAUGGAGAUUGAAGAGGAAAAAGCAACAAUGUCUCGCAUUUUACAGUUGUUCCUUGCCAGCCAUGAGAAGUUCCACGCUGAGGCAGAUAAGGACUAUUGGAAGUCAAUUGCAGAGCUGAUUCCUAAGGAAGUACCGGCAAUAGAAAAGAAGAGAGGAAAGAAAGAACAAGAGAAGAAGCCAGCCUGUUACGGCAAAUGCAGAGCUUUUGGGGCCAGGGAUCUUAUUCGAAAAUUUGAACUUUUACAGUCGGCUAAUCAGCUAGUGAAAUUCAGCUUCCUGGAUUUUGAGUUGCAAGCCUUUCUACCAAUCUCAUUACUCCUUGUUUAUGGAGAGACUAGGCAAAUAGGUUCAGAACCCCUCAGCCUGGGAGCAAAUGAUACUUGA